AUGGACUCUCCUUACGGUCCUGACACUUCUGGUGUCCCAGAUACUCUUGAUGGUCCGGACACCCACGAUGGUCAGGACACAUGUGAUGGUCCAGAUACUACCACUGUUUCAGAUCAUCCUGAUGGUCCGGACACCCCUGAUGGUACAGACAUUUCUGAUGGUCCACAUAAUCCUGAUGGUCCAGAUAUUCCUGAUGCUGCGGACACUCCUGAUGGUCUGGAUAUUCCUGUUGGUUCAGAUAAUCCUCAUGAUCCGGACACUCCCGAUGGUCCAGACACUCCUUACAGUCUGGGCAGUUCUGAUGAUCCUGAUCCCUCUGAUGUUCCUGAUGCUUCUGAGGGGCCCAGUACUCCUGUUGGUCCCAUAACUUCUGAUGGUUGCAGUACUUCUGAGAAUCCCCGAGUUUCUCAUGGUCCCAAUACUCAGGAUGGUCCUGAAUCUCCUGCUCCUCUUGCUGCCCUUCUGGAUCCUGCUAUUUCUGAGGAAGCUGAUGUUCCUGCCCCUCUUUCUGUUCCUGCCGAUGGUCCCGCAUCUCCUAAUGCUGCUGACUAUGAUGAUGAAGAACAUGCUCUACAAGUUGUAAAAGUCGUUCCCACUAAGGAGAAAAAUGAUAAAAAUGAAAGUGCCUGUCCUUUGGAGAAAGUAAACAAAUGGGAAAUUACAAAAAGUCCAUUGAACGAAUUGGUGAGAACAUCAACACCUAAGACAUCUACUGCAGAAAUGGACACAUUGGUGGAAGUGAACGGUGAUCUCGUGUCAGAGUCCACUGUCAGAUUGGAACGUAAUGAUCAAGCAUUUUCAUACAAAUGCCACAGAAAUGAAAGAGCCUAUGCUUUGGAUAAAGGAAAUAAAAGUGCAAUUACAAAAAGUCAAUUGAGAGAAUUGAUUCCACAGUUGGAAAGGAAAACAAGUAUAAAGUAGUUCCAUACAAAAGGCUAAAGGAAGUCAAUAAUAGUGAAAAUGAUAUAACUGUAAUAGGAAAUGAAGAAAUGGAAAAACAUAAAGGUUUCUUGCACUUAAAUUGGAAACUAGGAACAGCACAUAAGAAACACAUUAAAAGGAGUGAGCCCCCCUGCCCUCUGGCAGAAGAAAAG